AUGAUAAUCAAGUACUAUACAAUACAAGGUUCCCAGGCCCAGAUCGAGUGCUCUCCAGAAUACAUGAAGGUGGUGGUACCGAUGGACGGAGACAGAAAGAUCUCCUACCUCGACCAACUGAAGGAUUACACCCCCUGUGAACCUAUCAUCGAGGGUAAUUCAGCGACUUUCAUGCUAGAUCUACAAGAGUAUCACAAAUGCGCCGUCACAAGAGUACUUAAUAAGAUCACUGGUAUACGGACUUAUUAUCACAAAGUCGUAAUAGAAGACGCGUCGGGCGGUCGAGAUACAGUAAGAGUGAGGUGUGUUGUAAGUAACAAGCUGAGGGCACUCUCCAAGCGGGCCGUCGAACCAUUCCCCGUGGACUUCAAUGAGCCAGAUGUUCUCGAUAUCACGAGGUACAUGGAGGGCAGAGCGCCCGAGCCAAUGCUGGGGGCUGUGGUCAAACAGAAUGGAAGACAAGUGUCGGGUGAGAUCUCAGUAAGUCCGGGGACUCCGCUGUCCAUGGACAUCUUCUUAGACAACAGCUCGUCUCCUGUGUACGGCCUGCUUGUCAACUACAUGCACGUGACAGACACCGGGAAACAACAGGAGACUAUUAUAUUUAACGGAUGUUCCGUAGAUCCAUAUCUGUUUGACAAUUUCGUGACUACAGACGGUAAAAAUUUGACCGCUAAGUUUAGAGCGUUUAAGUUUCCCGAUACUUCAUACGUGCUGUUCAGAGGGACUGUUACAGUGUGCCUCGACAAGUGUCAAGGAGUUCAAUGUACGAAUGGUGUAACAGCGUAUGGUAGGAAACGUCGUUCCAUCGCUAGCACAACCUCAAACAAGGUGUAUGAAGUAUCACUCACUACUAUCAUUAAAGUAGACUGGAAAGGUGGAAAUAGGGAGGAAGAGGACGUCUUAACUCUAUUAAAGAACCUCAAAAUAGCCAAUCAGAAGCUCGGCGAAGAAGACGUAGCCACUGUCUCACAAACCAGCGACUUAGUAUACAAAACAAACAACAGCAGCGUCAAUUUACCCGCCAUUAUAAUAAUGUUCAUUAGUCUGGCAACACUGUUCAAGAUGGCGGUCUGA